AGCAUCGUAAAUACCGUGCCGUUAAAAUGGCAGUCCGCACAUCGUCGCGAGUGCCGCCUCGGAAGACGGCCAGCGCCAGCAGCUAGUACCGAAGUAGAUCGCUUCCAAAGUGUCGUGUCCCCUUUUGUGACGCGAUACCGCCGACAUACACAUCAUCUCAUCCGCACUGUCCUUAGCACCUCCUAGACUAUGACGGCUAAGUCUGGGGGGCUCUUCGCCGACACGUGAGAACAAUUUCUCUGAAUUAGGAUGCCCUGGAACGAGCGAAUGUCCUCCGUACUGCUGCUUUUCGCCUCUCUUCUCGCCAUCAUGAUUCCAGAAACACAACAAGGUCCUCACGAAAAACUCCUCCUCAACAAUCUCUUGGCCACCUACAACGUGCUGGAGAGGCCGGUCGCCAAUGAGUCUGACCCUCUUGAGGUGAAAUUUGGCCUAACGCUUCAGCAAAUUAUUGAUGUGGACGAAAAGAAUCAGAUUCUAACGACAAACGCUUGGUUAAAUUUGGACGAGAAGAAUCAACUCCUAAUAACAAAUAUUUGGCUUUCUUUGGAAUGGAAUGACUACAAUCUGCGUUGGAACGAAUCUGACUACGGAGGUGUUAAGGACUUGCGGAUCACACCGAACAAAUUAUGGAAGCCAGACGUGCUCAUGUACAACAGUGCUGAUGAGGGUUUCGACGGGACUUACCAAACAAACGUUGUGGUCAAACAUAACGGCAGCUGCUUGUAUGUCCCUCCCGGUAUCUUCAAGAGCACAUGCAAGAUAGACAUUACGUGGUUCCCAUUUGAUGACCAACAUUGUGACAUGAAGUUCGGUAGCUGGACCUAUGACGGCAAUCAGCUUGACUUGGUUCUGAAUUCUGAGGAAGGCGGAGAUCUCUCUGACUUCAUCACGAAUGGAGAAUGGUACUUAUUGGGCAUGCCUGGCAAGAAGAACACCAUCGUGUACCAAUGCUGUCCGGAACCUUACGUCGAUGUAACGUUUACCAUCCAGAUAAGAAGGCGGACACUCUACUACUUCUUCAACCUCAUAGUUCCUUGUGUACUGAUUUCAUCGAUGGCCCUUCUGGGAUUUACGCUACCUCCGGACUCAGGAGAAAAGUUAACGUUAGGAGUGACCAUCUUACUCUCAUUGACUGUGUUCCUGAAUCUUGUGGCUGAAACCUUGCCCCAAGUAUCAGAUGCCAUUCCCUUGUUAGGUACCUACUUCAACUGCAUCAUGUUUAUGGUUGCCUCUUCUGUUGUGUUAACCGUUGUCGUUCUAAAUUAUCAUCACCGUACUGCGGAUAUUCACGAAAUGCCUCAGUGGAUAAAAUCAGUUUUCUUGCAAUGGCUGCCAUGGAUUCUACGAAUGAGUCGACCUGGUAAGAAGAUCACGCGUAAAACCAUUAUGAUGAACAGCAGAAUGAAAGAAAUGGAGCUAAAGGAACGCUCAUCCAAAAGCCUUCUAGCCAAUGUUCUGGAUAUUGACGAUGACUUCCGCAGUGUUUCAGGUGCUACUGGCGCGGGCAACUCAACCAUCAACACAAAUCUAGGUGCUGGUUUUCUUCGCAACGCGGCCACUAUCGAGGACUCCUCCCUCCCAGGUUCUGGAAACCAGCGCGACCUUCAACUGAUCCUCAAAGAGCUUCAGUUCAUCACAAACCGGAUGAAGAAGGCCGAUGAGGAAGCAGAAGUGAUAAGUGAUUGGAAGUUUGCAGCGAUGGUCGUCGAUAGGUUUUGCCUUAUAAUUUUCACGUUGUUCACAAUUGUAGCUACGGUUGCUGUGCUACUAUCUGCACCUCACAUCAUUGUGCAGUAAGCUGGCAUCGAUGAAGUAGGGUUCAACCCUUGCGUUCGACCUUACGUACAAGGCAUCAUCUCGGUGUUACAGCCAACUUUGAUGAUCGCGAACCGUUAGGAAAAUAAAUCAUUUACAAUGUCUUCCAACAUUUUAGCCAUACACCAUUUUGGCAUCAUGAAAUAGUACAACUGAAAAAUCCUUAUAGAUGUCUCACUCUUGUGCCAAGCUACAUAAAAAAAUGUAAAUGGGCAUUCUAAAUCAUACUGAUUUAGCAACAUUGUCUAUAAUGCAGCGAAUUCAAAAUAAUAUCUGCCGUUUUAGUUUCAAAUUGUAUCAUCU